UCGUACAAAGAGACAGCCUGCAGACCGAGAGCAUCACUGUUCGCUUUUCAUAGUGGGAGAAACGAUCCCGAUUGUCGCACGGGAACUCUAGUAUUUGUUGUCAUAUUGGCUUGCUACUAAGAUACGCGGCAGAUGUCGGCUUAUAUUUAACAGUAGGCGAGGUGUCAUCAUUUAGUAUCUGUUGUCCAGUCUGAGCGAAAACCAGGAUUGCUCCUCUGUAGAUUCCAGUUCGCGAUGAUGUUUCCCAACCAAUUCUACGGAACUCUUCUACCGAUUUCAAGAAAAUUCGUUGUUGUUUUGAUUCUUUUUCAAGCUUCGUCCCUGUUCCUCGCUCAGGGUGUGUCGGGGGCGUGUGAAGAUGCCGUGAAUUUGUGUGGAAACACGAUGUUUGCCGAGAUCGCAGCCGCUUCCGGGGACAACACAGCCAUCUGCGCGGCGGUGGACACGGCACUUGGGUGUGUGGCGACCGAGACUGCCAGCUGCGACCUCUUGGCCAAGGCUGACAUCAUCGCUGCCAUGGACGACAUCAUCGGCCUCUACAAGGAUGCUCCUUACAACUGCGCAUUGCCUAACGCAAACAACGCCGCCUACGACGACCCUUGUGCCGACGCCCUCUCCUACUGUGUCAACAUCUACUACGAAGCGGAAUACACGCCGACGACAACAGAAUCUUGUCAAGGGUUUGACCGGUACCUGCUGUGCCUGCAAACCAACACAACAUCAUGUGACGCCACCGCUCAGACCCUCAUCGCCCAGACGUCGGCAGAGACCGUCUCCAAGAUGAACGCUGACCCAUACUUCUGUUCAGAGAGAAAUACGUACGACAUUGCUGGGUGUGAAUCUGGAUUCUAUGAAUGUGUUAACCCUCUAAGUGCCGUCAGCCAAAACACCUCCGCGACUUCAAAUCAAGUCUGUAGUGAGAUCACGGUGUUUACAAACUGCGUAACCACAAACAACGCCAAGUGCAGCCCACGACUACAACAACAGUACAACGAGAACGCUGCCAACCUCACCGUUACCUUCCAGGGAGAUCCCUACUACUGCGGCUCUGCCAACCCCUGUAUGGAGGCCUUCAAGGGAUGUAACACGUCGGAGAAUGUGAGAUUGCCGGCCGCAGGAUGCGGCCUACUUGAUGUGUACGACGCGUGUUUCGCUACUGUCAGCCCGAUCUGUGACAGCGACAAACUGGCGGAGACGACAACAGAGGUGAACACGCUCAAACAGCAGCUCACAACGGACUUCGGAUGUGCUACAACGACAACAACUCCUGCUGCUGCUACUACUACUACAACAUCAGCUUCUACAACUACGACUCCUGUAACUACAACAACUGCUGGUACAACUCCCACAACUACAACCACUAUUACAACUACUGCAAAUGGAGGCAACACCAGCCCAACUGCCAACAACCAGGGUCAGAACCAAGGGAAGACUACCGCGCCAAACUACAACUACGAUGGAGCAGCAUCUACAACAUUGUCUUUCCUCCUUGGCUUUGUCAUGCUGUCCCUGUCAGUGAUCCUGUCGUGAAUCACGUGAGGCACCUGCAUGACGUAAUUGACGACCGGCGUUACCUAUGCUGUGAUUUGCACGUCACUUUUACUGGUCGAGGGAUUCGCACUACGGACGAAGUGUGUCCAACCCACAGCUUAGUAUGAUGCAUAUUCAUGACUCCGGAUCACUUGAAAUGGACUUGGGCCCCAAACAAGGAUGUUUUACAUGUUGUAUAGGUCGUCAGUGACGUGGAAGUGUGUUGCAUAUUUGUACAGUUAGAAUUGGUUUCAUAUUAAAAGGUACUCGUGUCUUCAACAGAAUGUGAGGCGGUUCUAGCAUUCGCGGAUAUAUUUUGACCAACAACUCGUCGCAAUUUGCUGUGCAGAGUUGCGUCCCUUGGCAAUGCCAGAAAUCUAUGGUCGUGGGUUCGAAUCCCGGUUCGCCCAGGUUAUGUUUCUUGGUUAGCAUCACUUCGGGCUUUCCUCGCACACCAAACUGACACGUCGUGAUAAAACUGGAAUACUGUUCAAAGUGGCGUAAAACCCAACUCACUCACUCACUCACGUAAAGUAACGAGUCACAUCUCGCAUGUGUGUGAACAGCCAUUCAAGACACGCGUAAGUUUUGAUGUAAUUGACAUAAUUAAAGGCAGCACUUUUCAAGAUAAAAUAAAACACAAUACUUGUUUACUGCACCGGUGAUUUAUUCCUUCGGUUUCAAAACAAGAGGGGCGGUCGGGUAGCCUAGUGGCUUAACCGUUCGCUCGUCACGCCGAAGACCCUGGUUCGAUUCCCGACAUGGGUACAAUGUGUGAAUCCCAUUUCUGAUGUACUGUCCCCCGCCGUGAUAUUGCUGGAUAUUGCAAAAAAAAGGCGUAAAACCAUACUCACUCACUCACUCAAAACAAGAACUCAUUUAAGCGAGGCAUCUAUCCGACGGCGUCAAAUUAGCAUGUCUUUAUUGAAAUGGUAAACAAAUUAAUUUACAAUGUAAUAUUUAUCCCCAAAUGUCAGAUCAAUACAGGUAUGUUUGAAAUCAUUCCCUGUUUUGCAUCUUGCAUCAUGCUCUUGACUCCAAUGCAACAUCCGUUACACCCUAAAUUGGACAAAUACGGUAUUUCCGCAGUAAAUGAACGCAUUCGUGACCAACUCGUGUUAUUCCGGGACAAGCCGAAUAGCGACUCGUGCCCCUCUCAUGGCCAUUUUUGCGACCGGGUUCAGUCUUAGCGCAAACGGGCAUACCUAA